GAUAAGCCUGGCAAACCUCGGUGUGAUUGAAGAAGCCAGUUGGAGACUUGACUUAGUCGAGGCGAGACACAGGCACUUGUUGCUCUCCACUAAAAACUCUACAUGAUGGUGUUUGCAUUUUGGAAAUUCUUCCUCAUCCUAAGCUGCCUUAUAGGUCAAGCCAGUAUGGUACAAGUGACCAUCCCAGAUGCUUAUGUGAAUGUGACUAUUGGAGCGGAUGUCACUCUCAUCUGCAUCUACACCACCACUGUAGCCUCUCGGGACAAGCUCUCCAUCCAGUGGUCUUUCUUCCAUCAGAAGGAGAUGCAGCCAAUUUCUAUUUACUAUUCUGAAGGUGGACAAGCUUCAGCCAUGGGGCGAUUUAAAGAUCGAAUUGUAGGGUCCACUGAUCCAGGUAAUGCGUCUAUUACUAUCUCGGAUAUGCAGGCAUCAGACAGUGGAAUUUAUAUCUGCGAUGUUAACAACCCACCAGAUUUUGUCGGCAUAAACCAAGGCAUCAUCAACGUGACUGUGUUAGUCAAACCAUCUAAGCCCUUUUGUAGUGUCCAAGGAAGACCAGAAAGAGGUCAACCUAUUUCCCUGAGUUGCCAUUCUGAGAUUGGAUCACCAUCUCCUACGUACUACUGGAACAAGCUUGAGGGAAAAAACAUCAUGUCAGUGAAAGAAAGCUCUAGCUCAGCCAAUGGGAUUUUGGUUAUUGGAAAUCUGACCAAUUAUAAGCAAGGUUAUUACCAGUGCAUUGCCAUCAACAGCCUGGGCAAUAGUUCCUGUGAAAUUGAUCUAACCUCUUCACAUCCAGAAGCUGGAAUCAUCAUUGGAGCCUUGGUUGGUGCCCUGGUAGGUGCAGCCAUUAUUAUCUUUGCCGUGUACUUUGCAAAAAGCAAGGCAAAGGCAAAGCAAAGGAAGAGGGAUUCCAGCACCACCACAGAACUGGAGCCAAUGACAAACAUAAACCAAACCAGAGAGGUUGAAGGAAUGCCAACUGAAGACGCUGCCAAGAUAGAAGCAUCUCUGCCACCCUCCAUUCAUGUGGUUGACCCUAAUACUGUCCUGGAACCAAUUUCUGAGCCUAAAUCACAGCUGGAUGCCAUCCCUGAUCCUUUCCUAGGGCCAGAGCCUAUGUCAGAGGUUGAGAUUCAGGUAGAGCCAGUGCCUGAGUCCGAGCCUGUGGCAGAGGCAGAGCCUGUGGCAGAGGCAGAGGCAGAGGCAGAGGCAGAGGCAGAGGCAGAGCCAGAGCCUGAGGUUACAGUUGAACCCCAGGGUGAUGAGGAAAAGGAAAUGGUUAAGAUAUAACUUGACCCCUAUAUGCAGAAUUAUCACCAAGGAUCCCAUUACUGGUGUUUGGAAUUCAGUUGACCUAAUGAGCUUCCAUCCCCUCCUUCAAUUCUGACUAACCCUCUUCUAACAAGGUGCUCGGGCUUAACAUAAAUCCAAAACAAAUGGGUUAAUGCUCACUGCUAACUAAAUGCGAGGGUUCCUGCAUUAUCAGAACAGAAUACUAAAGAAUGUAGGGUAAGUGAUUCCUAACUCAGUUAAAAGGCUUUUGCAACAACUCUAGUUAUAUUGCAGAAAAUCUUAUUUUCUAUUUGUUUUUCCUCUACUCGUCAUUAUGGUCACUUACACAUGUAGCAAAUUGACAUAAACUCUAUAGCAUUUCUAGGAUAAGUUGUCAGGCCUCUCUGUUCACUUUUAUAUUUUCCACUAAGAAAACAGUUCAAUAGCAUUAGUUCAUAGAUUAGGGAAAAAAUUUCUCCAAAACAACAGAGAAGAAAAUAUAAGGGUAUGUAUUAUUUGGAACAUAACUUUGAGGUCAAGCUUUUCAAUUUAUCAUGUUAAAUUUCCCAAAAGUUACUCUGGUGUCAAAGUGUUAUGUUUUGAUUACAACUCAGUUGUUUUAAAUAGUAAAGAGUGAUUUAUUAGCAAAGCAAAAGUAUCUCUCAGUGAGCGAGGGAGGCAACUGGAUAAGGACAUUGUAUGGAAACUGUCAGGACUUUGGAUCUUUUCAAUAGGGUUGGGUUACUGGGUAGUGUGAAACUGAGUAUCUCCUCUUGUGGUGUCUUUUCACAUGGUUCAUCCAAUGUACAAUGGUUGUCCAUUUGUGCAAAAGCACUUGAUUCUCUUUGCUCUUCACAGUUCAUUUUGACAUGGGGAGAGGGCUCUAUAAGUAUGAUAAAGAAUUAUUAUGCACUGGUCCAGAACAUGGGCCAUCUGGGGGCAACUCAAUUCUUAGAUACCAAAUAAAAUAUAGGCAAACAAUUUUAAAUGUAAUCUUCCUUUGGUAAAUAUAAAGUGUUUGUAUGAUAGAUGGAUGUGCUAUUUAGCUUUGAAUAAGCCAAGUUGUACUACCAUAGUGUCUGAUGCUAAGGGGCAGAUUAAGAAGAGUGUUAAUAAAUAAAUGAUUAGAUGGCUUUUAGAUAAUUUCAACUAAUUCUUCAAGUAAUCUCUUUUACUGUUCAUAUAGCCUGCAUGAAUAAGAUGCAUAGCAUUCUUGUAUAAAUGCUAAAUAUUACCUAAAAUGCAUUAAUCUCAGUUUUUAUCUGCUGAAAAGCAUUUUCAUAUUUGACUAAUAUCCUACCUAGGAGAAAUUUAUAAGUAGACUUACUCUUUUACUUAUGUAACCA